UAUGUCUUCUUCACCAUUGAGAGCUUCAAUUAUAGUAAGUGCUAUAGUAUUCACAGCUAUUGGAAUGGGUCUCUCAAUUGCUGGAUUAUUAAGUCCUUCCUGGCAGGUAGUUAAUUUGCAAGAAUAUAAUUCAGUCCACGAACACGGACUUUGGCUUGACUGUAUUAGACAUAUGAGGGAUGUUACAGGCGUUUUGUUAAGGAGAUAUUCUGGGACUUUUGAUAUUGAAGAUGAUAAUUCUCCUGUUGGGGAGGUUAAUAGACAUAAAUUUUAUGGAUGGCAUACAGCAACGCUUAUAAUGAUUAUAAUAGCCUUGAUCACAGGCUUUUGUUCAAUUUGUAUAGGUGCUUGUAGUUGUGCUAUUCCGUCAUUAACUUUGAUUUUUACGACUACAAUUUUAUUAACUACUUUUCUUUCCUCUGUGGCCGAGGGUGUUUUCUUUUUCUUUUCGCAUCGUGCUGACAAUCGUUUUGUUAAAGGAAUUGUUGGCACUUAUGAACAACGAGUUGGUUUAGCUUUCUUUUUACAAAUGGGCGCAUGUUUCUUCCAUUUUAUUGCCUUUCUUAUUGCAAUGAUGGCUACAUUGUACAAUAUUGUUUUUUAUUUUUUAAAUUUUUAA